GCCAGACAUAAUAAGUACAGAGUUGAUAAAAAUGUCUGUCCAGGACCGUCGCCAGUCAUUAUUUCGUAUACCCCACAAAUAAUAUCGUCAUGUCUGGUCGUGGAAAAGGUGGCAAAGUAAAGGGGAAGAGCAAGACUCGGUCCAGUCGUGCUGGUCUUCAGUUUCCUGUAGGUCGUAUCCAUCGUCUUCUGCGAAAGGGAAAUUAUGCAGAAAGAGUUGGUGCUGGAGCUCCAGUGUAUCUUGCUGCAGUUUUAGAAUAUUUGGCAGCUGAGGUUCUUGAGUUGGCCGGUAAUGCUGCUAGAGAUAACAAGAAGACCAGAAUAAUUCCAAGACAUCUGCAGCUGGCCAUCAGAAACGACGAGGAGUUGAAUAAAUUACUCUCUGGCGUCACAAUUGCACAAGGUGGAGUUCUACCCAAUAUCCAGGCUGUUCUACUUCCCAAAAAAACCGAAAAGAAAGCAUAAUUCCUACUUCCCCUAACGCUUCAAAAAAAAAAAGGCCCUUUUAAGGGCCAGAAAAUGUACGAAGAAGAGAAUGCUUAAUUGCUUAUACUGAAAAUUGCAGCAUACGUUGGU